AUGUGCAUCACUAUCACAGUUGGUGAGCGGGAGAGAUACUUUAUGGGGAUUGCGAUGACUUUCCUGAACGUUGUUUUAGUCUUCAUGAGCCUGGCUCUGUUUUGCUUGGCUGUUGCUAUCAGGUUCAGACUGGACGAAAAGCUAGAGCUGCUGGAUGGAUACAACUCUGGAUCGUUGCCGUACUACUUGAUGGUCGUCGCAUGCAUCAUGUUCUUCGUUCAUCUUGUUUGCACACGGUCACCGAACCAUCACGUAUUCGUCACUCUCAUUUUCGUCGUCAUCGCUAUGUUCUUCCUGAUUGUCAUCAGUGAGAUUGUUAUAGCCGUUCACUCCUCUAAGAUCAGAGACGCUCUAAACGAUGGCAUCUAUAAGUCAAUGAAGGUAAUGUCAGACAUGGGUAACAAAGUGAAGGUCGAUAAGCUACAGAUAGAGUACCAAUGUUGCGGUGCUGAGUCAUACAAGGAGUGGUUCAAGUUCCCCUGGGUCCACGUCAUGUGGGUCAACGUGGAUAGCAACGAGGUCAAACCAUAUCUGAAAGACGGCGAAUUCAUCAAGGAUGACGUUCCGUUUAGCUGCUGCAACAAGUACGCCAAGCGUGCAUGUGUGCAUCACUCCGUGCAGAGUUCUAUGGCCCAUAGGAACUAUGAGGGUCACACUCUUUACGCUACUGGCUGUGUGGAUGUCAUGAUGACCUACUUCAGCAGUGGGCUGCUGACGCCAACAGCCUUGAUGCUUGUAUGGGUUCUUGUUUUUCAAGCCGUGGACGUGGCAGUGAUGCGACUGCUGCAGACAUCAAUCUUCGAAGCUGACGAGAUGAAUGAUCCGGGAGGUUCAUCGGCGGCCUACUGCAUCAAAGGGAUGGGAGGAGGUGCCGAUAAUCGGCGUUAUCUCAACAGAAAAGUCGAUGACAAGAAGGAGGACGAGGACUCGGAAGGCGGCGGCGGUGGCGGAGGCAAAAGUGACGACGAUGAUGAUGACGAUUCUGAAAGUGACGCAACAGAACGAACUACCAGGAGCCGCGGCGACGACGACAAAGAUGAUGAUGGUGAUGAUGACCGCAUGGAAGCAGCCAGCGUUGACAGUGGCGGCGAUUUCGGUGGUGGUGGGGAUGUCAGCGGUGAAAGCGUCUCCGGGAGGGACGAAGGGUCGGGAGGGUCACGUGACGAUGACGGCGACAGAGGUGGUGAUAGCAAAAAGAGCAAGGAGGACAAAAAACAGGAGAAAGAGGACAAGAAAAAGAAGAAAGCUGAGGAAAAGGAAGAGAAAAAGAAGAAAAAGAAAGAAGACAAAGAGAAGGAUAAAGACGACAAGAAGAAAUCGAAAGAAGAUAAAAAGAAAGAAAAGGAUGAAAAGAAAGAAGAAAAGAAGAAAAAGAAAGGAGAUAAGGACAAAGAUGAAAAGAAAGAUAAGAAGAAAAAGAAAGGAGAUAAGGACAAAGAUGAAAAGAAAGACAAAAAGAAAAAGAAAGGAGACAAGGAUAAAGAAAAGAAAGACAAAAAGAAAAAGAAAGGCGACAAGGACAAAGAUGACAAGAAAGACAAAAAGAAAAAGAAAGGCGAUAAGGACAAGAAGGAUGAAAAGAAGAAAAAGAAAUCAGCAAAGAAAAAAUCAAAAGAAGACAAAAAGAAGAAAAAGAAAGAUGACAAAAAGGAUAAGAAACAGGACAAGAAGAAGAAAGAUAAGGAGAAAAAGGGAAAGAAGAAAAAGGAGAAAGACAAAAAGAAAAAGAGUAAAAAAGACAAGGAUGCCAAAAAGAAAGCGAAUAAAGCAAAGAAGAAAGCAGAAAAGAAAAGUAAAAAGGCCAAAAAGAAACAAUCUAAAGCAAAGAAGAAGAAAAAGCCAAAGAAGCAAAAGAAAGCAAAGAAGAGGAAGAAGAAGUAG